GUAUGACAAUUACGUCAAAAAUUUUAACCAAAUGAUUUUAACUUUUGAAAUGUUUUAAAAGUUUUAGAGCUAUUUAAACGAUAGUACAAAUAAGUAUUGAAAAGCCAUGACAGACUACUUAAGAGAAUGGAUAAAGCAGCGGGUCAUGGCCUUCAUGGGCCUUGAUACUGAAUAUCAAUUUGAAGAAAUGAUGGCCGAAAAUGAUAGCGCAGGUGAUGACCGAUUGAACACCUACUUAGACGCAGAAGGAGGAGACUUUAGAAAUAGAACGUUUUACCUUCACAGAACUCCUUAUGACAGGCUAAUUGAGGAAGAAAUUUUAGUACCGGAAGUGGUGGUACCGCCUCCUCCUGAAAUACCUGAAGAGGAAGAAACACUGACGGAAAAGAAAAAGAAAAAGGGCGACAAGAAAAAAGAUAAAGGGAAGAAAGGGAAAAAAGGCAAAGGAACUCCAUCAGAAACGCAACCACCAACAGAAUAUACCGAAACUGCAAUUGGAGAGGAAGAUUUAGAGUACGAUGAAGAAACCACGGAUGUUCCAACACCUUUUUCAAAAACUGAACCUCCUUCAAUAACGGAAACGACUCUGACUGAAAUGUUAACCGAUGUUGAAGAAGAACAAACAGAAACCGUUACUGAAGCAAAGCCAGGCAAAAAAGGAAAAGGCAAGGAUAAAGGAAAAAAAGGCAAAAAAGGCAAAAAAGGUAAAAAGGUGCAAGAGGAGCUACCAGAAGAAGUCGAAGAAGAGACACAGCAAAUAAUUUAUGUGCCU